ACAGCAGCCAAUCAACUUUCACUUUUUGCGGUAUCUUCUUGCCACAUCCUACAUUGUGUGCAGGAACUAAUACAUACAUUAGCUGCGUAGCCCUCGUUCGUAAAGCAUUAAUAUUCUCUCUUUUCCCUUCUUGCGUAUCUUCGACGAGAGUUUUUGAUACAAAAAAAAUGUCAAACGCCAUGCAGCUUCAUAUUCGUGGACAGGAGACAACUGUCAUUAAUUGUGUGGAGAAUGAAUGUAUACAACACAUAAAGAAAAGAAUUGCAUGUCUUCAUGGUAUCGAAGAUGAAUUUCACCUUUAUUGCAAUGGAAGUUUAUUAACAAAUGAAGCUUGUGUUGGUGAACUGCCAUCAAACGUACUUGAUUUGACUGUGCCUUUACAAGGAGGUAAGGUUCACGGUUCUUUGGCACGUGCUGGCAAAGUAAAGGCUCAAACACCUAAAGUUGAAAAACAAGAGAAAAGUAAAAAGAAGACUGGCCGUGCUAAACGACGCAUCCAGUAUAAUCGUAGAUUCGUCAACGUCGUCCAAACCUUCGGCCGCCGACGUGGACCUAAUGCUAAUACAAACACAUAAAAAAAAUGUAUAUUAUUUCUUAUAAUAAAUUCAAAUAAAAUGUCAUAUGAUUGACAUAUCUUAAA